AUGACGGCUGCUUUCCGCAUCAAAGCUGCCUUACGAGUGCACCGCAUCGUGCCUGCAGCGCAUGUGCUGCAUCCCCUAUCGGACACAUCCACGGCUUGUGUGAGAGAAGAGCAGCAGCAGCAAGGGAAUGGCGCGCCUGCUGACCCCUCUUUCACACCAGAGGAGGACCGCGCACAACAGAGAUGGACCAUUGUCUCGGUACGCGUAGCCAACGCUCGAUGUAGCAGCGUGUGUCUUCCGGCAGCCAAGAAAGGCACGAGCCGGUUAAACUCUGACAAUCUGGCUAAAAUCAAAAUGCGACUGACGUUUCAUCCCGCGUCCGCAGUCGGCGGCGCCUUUUCCCGACUCUUGUCUCAUUCGAUCGUAAUUUUCGGCAGACGGGACUUUGGCUAUCUCUACCGUCAUUGUAAUUGCUUCUCUUCCCUCGCCACCGACUUCUUCUUCUCUGAUGGUAAGGAUGCCUGCCCCUCACAAAGUACCCACGACACGACCGUGACCUCCGCAGGCUCGAGGGCUGUUGUGGCUGUGGUCCAAGUCCUGAGCGGACAUAUGUACCGGUACCUGUACCUAACUGCACGCAGUUUAUCCAUCGCGAACAUCUCUAGGGCGUCCAGCCGCAUGCAUGGACCCGAAGACGCACCGCAUGGCCAUGCGCGCAGAACAUAUUCUCUAGAGCUGCUGCUCGACACGCAACAGUCACCUGACCCACAACGGUCACGGUUUUUCGGAGUCGCGCCCGUUGGCAUCGCUUGGUUGGGUGCGAGAACGCCGCUGCUUGUCCAAGGCAUCAGCCAGAUGAUCAGAAUCAUCGCCUGCAGAACACUAGUCGCGCUGCUAGGCCGAGCGUUGCUCAUAGCGAUUCGAGUUGGACCCACCUGGUUGAUCCAGUCCAGCGAAGCACGCCAAGCACGCCAGGCACGCCCGCCAUGA